AGCAAAGAAUCUUGCUAGAAAUUAGAACAUGUAAAUUGCAGAAUGAUGCUCAAAGAUACACCACAUCAAACAGCUGUAAAACAGUGUAGCAGUGGCAGGGCUGGGAAGUAGCCGGGGUGGUUGUAUUACAGAAACUGGAAUUUAACAGUACUUGUCUCAGGAGCUGCUUGGACUGAAAUGGAUCGUUUUUCUUCAUUCUUUCUCAGACAAGCAAGGCUGUUAAAAUUGUUCAAGCAAUGAUGCCCCGUUCAAAUCUGCCAUACACUUGCAGUCUAAGUUCUCUUGUUUCCUCCAAGUUUAAGUUCUCAUGUUUUAUAGAAGUUCUCUUGUCCUUUUCCCCCCACCGGUUAAGCAAGAUUGCUUUGGGAUAAUGUCCUGUGUCUGUAGCAUGAUAUUAUUGCUUCUAGCACAAUAGUAGGGCAUUAUGGGGUGACCUACUCUUCAUGCAGUGGCAAUUAAGUUAAUGAAAGGUAUUAUUUUGCCCCUUAUACAGUCAUCUAAAAGGUUAAGUUCUUAAUAGGGAUGUACCAAAGAGCUUUCUGGCUUGUGUUUGCUCAGAGCAACAGGACUACUUUUCUGGGUGAAUAUUGUGGGUUUUUUCUUUGUAAUAACACUCAUUUUAAUGAGAUCACUUACUAUUUCUAAAAGAGCAGGUAAAAGAUGAAGAAAAACAGAGAUUCUUCUACUGCGCUUCUUUUCUGAUAGAUCUUUGACUGAUGAUUUAGCUAGAAUAUUGAUUCUGUGAUAGGCAUUCAUUAUCUGCUUAGAAACAAUCUCAAAAAGAAAGUAGACUGUCAACUCCCGUAUAUGGCUAGGUCUCAAUGAAAUGAGUUGCCUGUAGAAAAGCAUUGUUACAGACAUUGUUAUCUCCUCAAACAAGGCAAAUCUUGUAGAGAGCUGUGCAGUGCAAAAUUGAAACACCGACUUCGAUUUCCUGCCUUGCACAUUGCCACUUUAGCGAGUAUGAGAUCACUGUGAUGCUAACAUUGGUUUGUGUUGCAGAAUGGCUAAUUAAAGGGCUUUUGUGGAGCUCUUGAUGGAAAAUACAUGAUCUUUGACAGAUGAUAUUCCUGUCAAAGAAUACCUAGAGCAUUAUACAGUGACGGUUCUCUUUUUAUGGAGAUAAGUACAAUAUUUUGAAGAUGGAGAUGACAUAUGAAUCUCUCCUGGCAGUGUCUGAUAUUUCUAAAACUUCACUUCCUUCCCUGAGGUGUAAAUUCUAAUACUGCUUUUACCAGCCUUUGUUCCUUGUACUGUUCAAGUAGACAUCAUCCAUUUCUUCCACUUCACUUGCUAAGUCCCUAGUUAUGCCUGAAGGGAAUGUUUAAAAAGAAAAUUUCUCUAUAACUGGCUGGUCUGCAGGAAUCAAGUAUCUUUCAAAGCUGUGGUUUUCAUUUUUUUUGUGUGUUUUUUAUUUUAUUUUAUUUUAUUUUUGCUUGCAGACUGAAGAAUAUUUUUUUAUGGGAACGAAAUUCAGGCAGCUCAGCUUCGCUAGUGUUGAAUCUGACAGCCAACAAACAACCCUAUGCACUGACAGUGACUUCAGCUCAGCUGCUGGUCGUUAAUAAAUGAGCCAGCAUUGCUGCAUGCUCUUCAUGAGACUGUAUAUUACCUGAUGAUCCUUAACUGUUUUUAAAGUACUCGUUAGUCUGUUUUUCUCUUGUGGAUAAUAGUCAUUUUUUAAGAUGUCCUAAGAUGAAUACUGACAUAUAUUGACACUUAGUCUGCAAGUGCACCUCUUUAUUUGAUAAGCUAAUAUUAAGGACAGCUGCUGUUUGGACAUUUCUCAUAUACCUUACCUUUGGGAAACCCAGUCAUCUGCUAGGCAUUUAGAUUUCAAUCCAGCCAAAAGGUUCAUAAGAUUCCUUGAUUUGAUUUCCCUUUUCUGGCAUUAUCAAGGUCAGCUCUUGGCUUCUGUGUGAUACCAAAUGCUGGCAGACCACAGUGAAGUGACUCUUACCUCUUCAGGAAGCAAAUGUGAAUCAUCUUGCAGUGUCAGGUGGCUGAAUGGAUCAAGCUUAAAAAUGUGUGGAGGAUGUGCCUUCUAAAACAUGUUAAAACCAAUUUAAUUUGAAGCUAAGUUUUUAUGUGAGCAGGUAAAAAUUGUUAUUGAAAUUGUUAUUGUAACUGACUUUGAGCAGAGAAGGUGCCUAGGGAGUUACCCUGUGACUGUUGAUUUUGACAAUGUCCCUUUGAAAGCAUUGGCACAGGAUUCUUACCCUGCUCUGGCUGCCUGCAGACUCUCUGAAAGCAUCUAGAUGUGCCCUCCUUUUGGAUAUAUCCUGUAACAUUAGGCAGCCUAUUUGGAGUCAACUCUUCUCCAAAUAAAGGAACCUGUUAAUGUCUUGGGGUGUCCGUGGUAAGCCGUGGUGAUGCUGUGUGGUUGGUGCAGGACUACUCUGGCAGAGCAGCUCACGACUGACAGCUGCUGGUGGACAAGGGAUCUGCCUGGAGACCUCCCCAGACUGCAGGUGGCUUUUUGAUCCCAUACCUUAUCAUGCUGAUUGCCGAGGGGAUGCCACUGCUCUACUUGGAGCUGGCUGUGGGGCAGCGUAUGCGUCAGGGCAGCAUCGGCGCCUGGAAAAUGAUAAGCCCCUACCUUUGUGGUGUUGGUGUUGCCAGUGUUGUUGUCUCCUUCUUCCUCUCCAUGUACUACAACGUGAUAAACGCCUGGGCCUUCUGGUACCUUUUCCACUCCUUCCAGGACCCCCUGCCAUGGGCCACCUGCCCCCUUAACAGCAACCGCACUGGCUACGAGGAGGAGUGUGAGAGGACGUCAUCCACCCAGUACUUCUGGUACCGGCAGACCCUGAACAUCUCUCCAUCGCUGGAGGCCAGUGGGAGUGUGCAGUGGGAGCAGGCGCUCUGCCUGACACUGGCCUGGCUGGUGGUUUAUCUCUGCAUCCUCCGUGGCACCGCCUCCACUGGCAAGGUCGUCUAUGUGACAGCCUCUUUGCCAUACUGUGUUCUCAUCAUAUACCUCAUCAGAGGAUUAACACUUCAUGGAGCUGUGAACGGUCUUUUCUACAUGUUCACACCAAAGCUGGAGCAGCUGUCGAACCCCAAGGCGUGGAUCAGCGCUGCCACGCAGAUCUUCUUCUCGCUGGGCCUUGGCUUCGGCAGCCUCAUUGCCUUUGCCAGCUACAAUGAGCCCAGCAACAACUGCGAGAGACAUGCCAUCAUUGUCUCGCUCAUCAACAGCACCACCUCCAUCUUUGCCAGCAUUGUGACCUUCUCCAUCUACGGCUUCAAGGCGACGUUUAACUAUGAGAGCUGUAUAAACAAGGUGAUCCUGCUGCUGCUGAACGCUUUUGACCUGGAGGAAGGCUCUUUGACAGCGGACAACCUCAGUGAGAAGAAAGACUACCUCAUGGCCACCUACCCACAGGAAUAUGCCCAAUUAGUGCCUCAGAUUAAAAACUGCAGCUUAGAAGCUGAGCUAGACACGGCUGUCCAGGGGACAGGGCUGGCAUUUAUAGUCUAUUCUGAAGCGAUCAAAAACAUGGAGGUGCCCCAGCUGUACUCUGUGCUCUACUUCUUCAUGCUGCUGAUGCUGGGCAUUGGCAGCAUGCUGGGGAACACAGCCGCCAUCCUCACGCCGCUGACCGACAGCAGAGUCAUUGGCGCCCGCUUCCCCAAGGAGGUGAUCUCAGGUGUUGUGUGUUUCAUUAACUGUGUGAUUGGCCUGAUCUUCACCAUGGAGGCUGGAAAUUACUGGUUUGACAUAUUCAAUGACUACGCAGCCACCCUCUCUCUGCUGCUCAUCGUGCUGGUCGAAACCAUCGCCGUGUGUUACAUCUAUGGGAUAAGAAGAUUUGAGAAAGAUCUUUACACCAUGAUUGGACGCAAGCCAAACUGGUAUUGGAAAAUUAUGUGGGCCUUUGUUAGUCCUCUGCUAAUUAUAAGCCUAUUUAUAUUUUACCUCACCGACUAUAUCCUCACAGGAACCUUGCAAUACCAAGCGUGGGAUGCCACACAGGGGCAGCUGGUGACGAAGGAUUACCCAGGCUACGCCCUCGCGGUGAUUGGGCUGCUGGUGGCAGCGUCCACCAUGUGCAUACCCCUGGGGGCACUAAUGACUUUUAUAAGGAAGAGACUGAAGAGGGAAAGAGUUUCAACAGUUGCAUGAAUGCUGACAGCUGGAUUUGGGAAGACCUUACCCCCGUCAUCAGUGACAGGGCACUUCUGGAAGACAGCAGCAACCAUUAUUUGU